AUAAAGAAAUUAUAUUAGAUGGUUCGGGCCCUAGUUACAAUGAACGUCGUCAUAUUACAGUCAGCUCUAAGCCUUUAUCUGAAAAGAUUCCUGAGGCUAUUGUGGGCAAUGAAAUACACUUGUCAACCAGUCCCGAAGAUACGCUCUCUAGCUUGAGGCCAUCUAAAAGCCAUGCACCCCGUAGAAAAGUUAAACUUGGAAAAGAUGAAAAUAAUAGUGAAUCUGAUAUUGGAUCUGAUGUAGUGUCGGUUAGUUCAAAAUCUGGAAGAAACAAAAAGAAGAAAAGUAUGAAAAGUAAGCCAAAACUUGAGAAAAAUACAUCAAAACACCGGCUUGUGGAAAUUGAAAAGGCAGUCGCUGCGGAAAAUGACCCACAACUGAAAAAGAAGAAAUCACUUAAACUCCGCAACCAAUCCUUGGACAUGCAAAGACAUAAUUCGACAUCACCUGUUGAAUCAGAAAUUGUGACGUCCGGAGAAGAUUAUAGACGAAAAAUUGAGGAAUUACGAAACGAAGGUGGUUCUUCAUGGCUAAGAGUUUAUACAGAAAUGGAGUAUUCAAAAGAUGAAAACGAUAGAUUAAGGGAGCCACCAAGGAAACA